GUCCUACAUUCUCUCAAAACGCGGAAGCAUACAGCGUUAGUAGAGUGUACAGUGGGUUUCGUAUCAAUGUUUGGCGCGUCUCUCCGUGGAGAAAAAUGUGAAAAAAGCUAGUUUUGUGCGUGUUCUUGCGUUGUACGUUGAUACAUAUUUCUAUUGAAGGAUACCGUGAACAAAAGUGAAGUGAGUGAAUAGCAAAUCGAGUGAAAUCUACGUUGUGUUUGUAUACAAAGUGAUCAGUGAGCAGUGACGGCUCGAAGAAAUCCAUCCCUGGUCGCAAAAUUAAAAAAAUGUAGUAGAAUCAAGUGUUUGCUGUGCUUGUGAGACGUUUCCAAGCGAUCUGUGGAUGUGAUAACCAAUAAUUUGGUGAAGUGGGUAACUUUUUUGAACGAGUGAUGCUGAAUUUUCCGGGAAAGAGAAUGAGAUCCCGGGUUGUUCGGCUGGCUGUACACUUUUGAAAUGGCUGCUCUGGUGGUGAAGUCAGGAAGUAACACCAGCAUCUGUGGCAGCGAAAAUACAUCUGCCGGGGAUGGUGACUGAUGUGGGUGGUUGGCCAUUUACCAGCAAUUCAAGAUGAAUGGUGAAAUACCUAGUGUUCCUAUCACCACAUUGGCUGGCAUCGCAAGCCUUACUGACUUGUUGCCUGAGAUGCCCUUGCCCUCUCCGCUACCUCUGAGCAACAAGUCUUUAUUGUUUCAUCCGAGAGUAGCUGAAGAGGCCCAGAAUCUCCUCAGUGUGCGUGAUGAAUCACUAGUUCCACAAUUAAUUCAAUCAUUAAGUCAAACUUCUUCCCAACACAUAGAACUAAAGGAUCACUAUGCUGGUACAGAACCUCCAGUUGAACAACAGCAAAAUAUUCCCGAACUUUUGAAGGCAAUUCUUCACAGGAAUCCCAAUGUUUUCAAGGGACCACCGGCUAAUGUGUCUGUCCCACCAUGGAAUCAAAACUUCAACUGUAACGAUUCAUCACCAGCAAGUUACAGUCAAGGAUCUCCAAAUUUAUCAUAUUCCAGUCCUGCACCUGGAUAUCUCCCUCAAGAUCCAGUUCCUGGACCGGUCCCUGGACCAGUGCCGGUUCCAAUACCUCCACCGGAUCCAGGCCCCCAGCAAAGAGUGUCAGUCAUAACUGAACAGUACAAAACUCCCUCAGUGAUAAACAAUUGUGAACCUGUUGACAAGAGCAGUGUUGUGUUAGUGAAGGAGGAGCCUGUAGUUACACAAGCUCCUCCACGUAGUGGUGGUGUUCAAGGUGAUCUUCCCAAUAGCACUCAAGAGUCCUCAAGCAUUCCUCGCACGAACGCUAUGCACAUUGCAGGCUCUUCUCCAGCUCAAGCAAGUACAGCACCAGUUACACAGGAGCAAGAGAAAUCUAAAUUGUUAUCUGGAAGACAAAGCCGAAGAACAACUUCUGUGAACCUUGAUGCCAAAGCCACCGGUGAAGCAUCAUCUUCUAUAUCUGCUACAGUACAAAUACCAGAAAUCAUGAAAUUGAAAGAGAUGAAGGAACCAGUUGUAAGACUCAACAGGUUAUCGGAAGAGGACCAGGCUUUAAUGCAGAAAAGCCUUAAAGCCUAUGCUGAGAAAAACCCGUCUCUUGCUAAUAAAUUAGGGAUAGUAGCGACCCCUUCAUCAAACCACCGUUCUGCUCAUAACUCCACAUCCUAUAAGGAGGACUCAGGGUCAGACAGUGAUGAGCCUUUGCAGAAGAGCAAAUAUUUCAAAUCAAGAGAUAGGGAGAGGGAAGUAAAACGGCAGAAAGAUAAAGAUGACCGUAAGAAAGCUCGUGCAAAUAUCUCUGAUGAUGAUGACUAUGUGCCUGAUGAUGAUUCAACUCCCCAGUCAGGUCGCAAAAGGCGUCAUGGUAACUCAAACGAAAGUGGGAACCAAGUUGAUGAUUUUGUGCCAAAGACAAAACUUCGUAAAGUUGAAAGAAAAGUGGCCUCAGCUGCUGAAAAACUCAGUGUGGAAGAACUUAUGGAAACAAAUACGUACCAAAGGUUUAUCAGAUCCAUUGAGUUGAUAUUUGAUAACACUGAAGACUUGGAUCUCAACACUGAGAUGGAUGAUAACAUGGAUGUUCCUGCUGAGGCUCUUAUACCCAAGUAUCAACUGCAAGAACUUUGCAGUGAAGCUGCGAAGCUCAAAAAUCUAAGUGCAAUGGAAGCCAUUCCAGCUGACAGACUUGUACGUUUAUUAAAUGUGCUUGAAAAGAAUAUUAGGGAUGGUGUACGAGUUUGUCCCCUUGCUGACCCGGAUGAAGAUGAAGAGGAGAGCAAACUGUGGCUUGAGCUAGCCAUGGAACGAGUUAUGCGAGCAGUUGAUGCAUCCCUCACAUCUAUGUACAUCCUCACAUCUCCAAAUAUGCCCAAAAGAAUUUACCUAGAGGACGUAAUUGAUCGUGUAGUUGUGUUCUGCAAGUUCCAACUGGUCAACACUAUUUAUCCUUCUUUUGAUCCUGUGUAUCGGGUUGAAACCAAAGCCAAAGCUAAAUCAAGUUCAAAAGAUGAUCAUUCAGGUAGUGGUCGCAAGAAGCGUCAGUCACACGGAGGAGUUGUUAAGGAUAAAAGCAUACAAACUCUAUACAACAAGAUUCAUGAGUUGGUAGGCCUGUUAAGUGAGCUUUUGAACAUUCAAGUCCUUACUGAUACUGCUGUUCUUCAUGCCUCUACACUUGGUGUUGCACCAUUUUUUGUGGAAGGUGUCAAUGAAUUACAACUUUCUGCCUUGCGUCUUGUAACAUCUAUUUUUACUAAAUAUGAUAAACACAGAAGACUUCUUUUGGAUGACAUCCUUGCUUCCAUUGCUCGUUUGCCCAGUAGCAAGCGUAGCCUCCGUACCUAUCGGUUGAGCUCAGAUGAGCACAUUCAAAUGCUCACUGCCUUAGUUCUGCAGUUAAUUCAGUGUGUAGUCGUACUACCUGAAAAACUUCAAGAUCAGCUCAACUUGAAGGUAAAGGAAGAAUUACAGGCCAAGUCAAAGCAAGGUCAAGUUAAAGAGGAGGAGAAGAAAGAAGAAAUUGUCAGUAAUCUUGAUCGUGAUGUUCUAAUUGUUGGAAAGUACGACACUGCCAUGCGGACAGCUGCAAAUUUUCUUUCCGUGUUUUUGAACAAAUGUGGUAAUAAAUCAGAAGAGAUUGAUUAUCGACCUCUCUUUGAGAACUUUGUUCAAGACCUUCUGACCACUGUAAAUAAACCUGAGUGGCCAGCUGCUGAACUAUUGCUCAGUUUACUGGGAACUCUUUUGGUCAAUAAUUUUGUCAAUAAAGGAACUGAUAUGGCCCUCAGAGUUGCAUCCCUAGAUUAUUUAGGAGUUGUAGCUGCGAGAUUGAGGAAAGAUGCUGUGCAAUCCCAGUUGAAGGUUGACCAUAUUGACCAAAUUAUACGUGAAAUAAAGGCUGAAGAGUCUAAAGAGGAAGAGAAUAGCGUUAAAUCAGUUAAGCAGGGUAAAGAGGACAAUUUGGAUGAAGAGGAAGAACGUACUCAGUUCCUCCAAAGAGUUCUUCUUGAUUACCUUGCUGUUAAUGGACACAAUGAUCAAGCUUUAAUAUUUGCGCGUCACUUCUAUCUUGCCCAAUGGUAUAAGGAUACAUCAAUAGAUAAGAAGAAAUCUCCUAGCAAGUCUCCUAGUAAAAAGAAAAACAGACGGAAGAAAAGGAAAGAUGCAAGUAGUGAAGAAGAAAGUGAUCCUACAUCAGAUGAUGAUGAUGAUGACAAGGAAGAUGCAAGACUAAACGACAAUGUUCUUAACAACUCUGAGAAGUUUCGUAUAAUUGAGCUCCGUAAAAAUUUCCUUGUUGGUAAGAUUCGUCCGUUCCAAGACUAUGUUUCCUCAGGAAGUCGGCAACAAGUUAUGCAAACUUAUCUUGACUACACCAGUGCUGAGCUCAUAACUCGUUUCUUAGCAUCAAAAAGACCAUUUUCUCAUAGUUUUGAUGUCUAUCUAAAACAGAUUCUCAGGGUGCUAACUGAAAGCUCAAUAGCUAUUCGAACAAAAGCUAUGAAAUGUUUGACAAUGGUUGUGGAGGCAGACCCUGGUGUUCUUGGCCGGCUUGAUAUGCAAUUAGGUGUGAGACAUUCCUUCCUUGACCACUCAACGUCAGUCAGAGAAGCUGCUGUUGACCUUGUUGGAAAAUUUGUUCUUAGCAGACCAGAACUCAUUGAUACUUAUUAUGAAAUGCUCUCUGUUCGUAUUCUGGAUACCGGUGUCAGUGUCAGGAAGAGGGUAAUAAAAAUUCUGAAGGACAUCUGCAUUGAAUGUCCAGAUUUUCCUAAAAUCCCUGAAAUUUGUGUUAAGAUGAUCAGAAGGGUCAAUGAUGAAGAAGGUAUUCGUAAGCUGGUUAUGGAAGUUUUUCAGAACAUGUGGUUUACUCCUGUUCGGGAACGGCCUACACUAGAUACUCAAUCUCUUAUCAGAAAAGUUAUGAAUAUUACUGAUGUUGUUGCCACAUCUCGUGAAAUUGGUAUGGAAUGGUUUGAGCAGUUACUUGUCAGUUUAUUUAGACCAAGAGAAGACAAGGAUGACUCUACAAAGGUUCAUGCAGAGCCUCCCAAGGCUCUUUUAACAGCAUGUAAACAAAUAGUGGAUUGUUUAAUUGAGAAUGUGUUGCGGCUUGAAGAAAGUAAUUCUCAAAACAAAGGAUCAAAUCAAAGAUUAGUUGCAUGCCUCACCACUUUAAAUUUGUUUGCAAAGAUCAGACCUCAGCUUCUUGUUAACCAUGCAAUAACUCUACAACCCUACCUCAGUCUAAAGUGCCAGACACAAGGAGAUUACCAAAUAAUCAGUAGUGUGGCUCGAACACUAGAGCUAGUUGUUCCACUUAUGGAACAUCCCAGUGAAACAUUUUUGGCACAAUUAGAAGAGGAUUCUGUAAAAUUGAUAUUACUUCAUGAUCGCUCUGUUGUGGCCUCAUGCCUAUCUUGCCUAGGUUCUAUUGUCAACAAUGUAACAAGAAAUUUUAAACUCAUUCGAGAUUGUUUUAAUAAAUAUUAUGGUAUAUUGAGGGAUGCAAAAGAGAAAGAAACCUUUGUGAGGCAUCCUACUAGUAAUCAAUAUCGCCCUCUUGUUCGUAGAGCUCUAUUUACUGUUGGGCUUUUACUAAGACACUUUGACUUUACGGACAAGGAUGUUAUUGAAGGUCUUGAUGCUGACAUUAAGAAUCAAGUUUUUGAGACACUGAUGUAUUUUGUUGGACUGUCUGACAAGGAUAUACAAUUUUAUACUCUCCGGGCAAUAGGUUCAUUAUGUAUUAGACAUUAUGAAUUCAUGCUACAAACUGAGCUGAAGUCUUUGUAUCAUAAUCUUCUUACAACUAAUGAAGCACCUGUACCUAUGAGAGUCCAGGUUUUAAAUAAUAUUGAGAUGUACUUAGAAGAAGAAGAACAACGAAUGAUUAGACAAGAUCAAGAAUGGGCCAAGAUGUCUAAGAGAGAGAACCUGAAAGAAAUGGGUGAUGUCACAUCUGGUAUGGCCAGUACAGUCAUACAGUUGUACCUGAAGGAAAUUUUGGAAGCCUUUUUGCAUCCUGAUGUUGGAGUAAGACAUGCAGCUUUGAAAGUUAUCCAGCUUAUUUUAGCACAGGGUUUGGUUCAUCCUGUGCAGAUUGUGCCUUACCUUAUUUGUAUGAGCACAGAUAUGGAAAAAGUUGUAAGCCAUAGUGCAGAUAAGCAGUUGCAAGAUAUUGAGAAGAAAUAUCCUGGCUUUAUUCACAUGAAAUCUCAAUUGGGUAUCCGGCUGUCAUUUAAACUUCACUGUAUUCUUCAACAAGACCCUAAGGGUGAACCUGUCCCUGUUAGAGGAUUUCGCCAUGUUGAAGGCGAACCUCUACCUACUGCGUUAAAUGGCUUCCUCUACUCAAUUCUUAGGAGUACUAAACAGCAGCGUCGAGCUUUAGUUCUCUCUGUGUUGAAACAAUUUGAUGAACAGGCUAAAACAAGCUUAUCUCAAAUGCUGUACUAUGCGGACAAUUUGGCCUAUUUUCCUUUUCAAGUUCAAGAUGAACCACUCUUCAUCAUUCAUCAUGUGGACAUUAUGAUAUCUGUAACUGGCACUAAUCUGAUGCAAACAUUUAGAGAGGCUUUGAUUCCAUUGAAUAAUCAAGAACAGCGUCUCAAUCUUGAGACAGGGCAACCAGAACUUGUUCCUGCAAUAGAGCCUGAUGAAGAUGAAGAUGAAGAUCCAGAAGUAUUGUUUGCGAGGGUACCAGCUGAUACCUCAGUGUUACAAGACAUUAUUACUUCUUUCCAAGGCUGCUUGCUUCUUUUAGUCCUAAAGCAGCACCUCAAAGAUCUCUAUGGCUUCACUGACGCGAAAAUUACUCAGUAUUCACCAUCAGAAGCGGCGAAAGUAUACGAAAAGGCUGUGAAUCGUCGAAGUAAUGCUAUUUUCAACCCCAAAGCAACAUUAUCAAAAUUGAAGGAGAAUCCUCCCGACAUUCUUGAUGAUAAACAACGGAGAGCAUUAAUAACUCAAUAUUUGGACUUCAAGCAAAUGAUGCUUAAAUUUGAUCCUGACGAUGCUGAAGAGGAAGAAGAUGGUUCACCAAGCAAAGCAAAUAUCUCUCAUGCAGCAGCAGGUGCUGCUAUGCCACCUCCUGGUGCUUCACCAUACCCUCAUGGAGUGGUUCCUCCAAUAACCUUAACUAUCAAUACAAGCCAUGGUGCCAACAGUCCUGAUAAAGUACGAAUCAACAACAUUCAGAACGAUGGAACACCUCAAAGAGUACCGAAGUUGACAAUUGUUGCACCAAAGCGAUCAGAGAUCAAAGAGCGUCAUCACCGAAAAAGUCACAAAUCAGAUAAGCACAAAAAGCACCGUCAUAAAAAGAAGCGCAAGAAGUAUGGAGAUGAAAGUGACGACGAUAGUGAAGAAUUUAGUGAUCCAGAUUUUCUUGCAUAAAACUUCAGUGUAAAAGUAUGUGAACAAGUGAAUAGACACUAUGAAAAUGAACUUAGUGUGGUUAAAAUCAUCAGUAUGACUUUUGUAAAGUGUGCAAUGGCCAAGAGUUUUAUUUUGUGCACUGAACUGAAUUUUUUUAAAUGUGUACAGUUUGACUUAUUUUUAUUAAGUAAUUUUUAGUAUCUUCUAGUAUAUCAACCGGUAUUUAUGUCAAAUGGAACAAUAUUAAGAAGUUUGUAUCAAAUCUUGUACAUAUGCUUGUAUAAUGUUAUGUAUGUAUAUAUAAACAAAAAUUAUUUAGAUGUAUUUAAUUAGCCUUUAAAAGUGCACAUGUUUUGUAUUGUGCAUUGUGCAAAAGAGGCAACAUGUCCAGCAAUACCUUUGUAACAAAGUUCAUCAGUCACGUAAGUCAAGAAGUUUAAGAGUAAUUGUUAUUCUUUGUGGAACAGCUGAAACUUCAUUUGUUUUUGCUACCAUUGUAACAACAUCUGAAGUAUGUUCACCUCAUUCCACUUAAAGAUAUAUUUUCAGGACCAGAGGUUUAUAGUAGCAUCAUUAUAAGAAUCACCACCAAACUAUAUAAAAAUACUCUGCAUUAAGGAAUUAAUGUCUUUUUAUCAGUUUUGCUACUUGUCAACAUAAUUUAUCAUAAUUGAGAGAUUUAAUCUAGUAAAUUCCACUUUCUUAGUGGCAAGUACAUAAUUGACGUGAUUAUUUACCUACUUUGUAUAUUUGCAAUGAAUUGCCAGUUAUCAGGGUUGAUAAAAAUCAUUCUUUUUUAUUUUAUUUUCUGUGAUUUAUCUUUAUAGGAGCUAUUUAGGAAUUUUUCUAUUCCUCAUACCCAGGAAAUCAAUCAAUUUCUUUCCUAUUGUUUUUAUUGGUUUUCAUAAUUGUUUUUGUCCUGCUGUAGUAGCCAUUGCCACAGAUUGUCGACUGAAUUUGCAUUUUACUUCUUUUAUUGCCUCAUUAAAUUGAGCCCUGCAUA